UUUAAAAGGAGGAAAGAACAGAGAUGAAUAAGCACGAUAAACAGAAGCGAAGCGAUGUCGAAUUUGCCUCAAUCUCUCUCUAUGAACGCGGCUUUUGGUGGUGGCGCUCCUCCUCCUCCUCCUGGUGGCUCCGCCCAGGGCUCCUCCGCCACCAAGGAUCGCAAGAUGGCCUCUGCGGAGCAGCUUGUCCUCGAGCUCAGCAACCCUGAACUCCGUGAAAACGCUCUUCUCGAGCUCUCUAAGAAGAGAGAGCUAUUUCAAGAUCUUGCUCCAUUGUUAUGGAAUUCUUUUGGUACUAUUGCUGCACUUUUGCAGGAAAUAGUUUCAAUAUACCCUGUUCUUUCACCACCAAAUCUUACUCCAGCACAAUCAAAUCGAGUGUGUAAUGCACUUGCUCUUCUUCAGUGUGUAGCAUCUCACCCUGAUACAAGGAUGCUAUUCCUCAAUGCUCAUAUACCUCUAUAUCUGUAUCCGUUCCUCAAUACCACAAGCAAGUCAAGACCAUUUGAGUACUUGAGGCUUACCAGUCUUGGUGUCAUUGGUGCCUUGGUGAAGGUUGAUGAUACGGAAGUCAUAAGUUUCCUUCUUUCAACAGAGAUAAUUCCUCUGUGCCUACGCACCAUGGAAAUGGGCAGUGAAUUGUCAAAAACAGUCGCCACAUUUAUAGUUCAAAAAAUUCUCUUAGAUGAUGUUGGCUUGGAUUACAUAUGUACCACAGCAGAGCGUUUUUUUGCAGUAGGUCGAGUUUUAGCGAGCAUGGUGGGAGCUCUGGCUGAGCAACCCUCAUCUCGUCUGCUGAAGCAUAUUAUCCGAUGCUAUCUUCGCUUAUCUGAUAACCCGAGGGCAUGUGAUGCACUUAGAAGCUGUCUUCCGGAGAUGUUAAGAGAUGCUACUUUCAGCAGUUGUCUUCGUGAAGACCCCACAACUAGGAGGUGGCUACAACAAUUGCUUCACAAUGUUGGAGGGAAUCGGGUUCCUGCACUACAAGCUGGAGGAGGUUUUGAUCAUAUGAUGUGACCUGGGAUCUUGCCUCGUUGUGGGACUUGCUAUCAUCCCUUCUGGUCCCGUUUAUAUCUUUAUUUCGUGAAACUUCAACUUGGUUGUUCAGAGAGAGAUAAUGGUUAUAAUUCUUGGUACAUUGAAACUUUAAAGACAUUUUCCUAUAUUCUAAUAAGUAUCCAAUUCGGUAGUACAUUUUACUCCUUUUCCGUUCAAGCUUAUACAUAUUAAGGUGGUUUUUACUAUGUUAGGAGAGAGUCUCCUAUUGUGACAAAAACUCAAGAAUGAGCAAGAAAUUGAACUGAUAUUAUUUCUGAUAUCCUUCUCAAAGUGAAGUACAAACUCUUUAUAGGAACC